AUGGACGUCUACACGGCCUUCUUUGCAGGGGCAGGAAUAGCCUUUACUUGUCAGCUUCUUUUGAGCAGGGGCAUCCUUAAAAAAAGCAGUAUUUGGAAGGUUGCAAUAGAAGCCGCACAGACAGGACAUAAUGUGAAAAUGGUGUUAAUUGUCAGACCUGAUUUACAAAUGGGCAAAGGGAAAGUGGCUUCUCAGUGUGCCCAUGCAGCUUUGUCUUGUUACAAAAGGUGCCAGGCGAGAGCUCCAGAUAUUUUAAAUUUAUGGGAGUGUGUAGGCCAGCCUAAAAUAAUUGUCAAAGGAGAUAAGGAUGGAGAAGAGUGUUUAUUAGAACUCAAGAGAAAAGCAGAAGAGCUAAAUCUUGUUUCAUGUCUCAUACGAGAUGCAGGAAGAACUCAAUUAGAACCUGGAUGUGCAACUGUUCUAGGAAUAGGCCCAGGACCUAGUCCGUUAGUAGAUAAAGUGACGAAACACCUUAAAUUGUUGUAA